CCUGUUCAGCAGUAGAGCUCAACAUGCUCCGAAGGCAUAAAAUAACAAAACGCAUCAGCCCCAACGCCCAAACCUUACACCGAUUUCUGUUGGCACCUCAUGAGGGCGUGAGAAGAAAUCUGCAUUACUCACACGGUACGGAUGGUGUAAUGCUCUCCAGUGGAAAUCCAUUAUAUGAAACAUACUACAAACAAGUUGACCCAUCUUACACUGGUAGGGUAGGACCAGCAGAAGCAGCACUCUUCCUGAAAAAGUCAGCCCUCUCAGACGUCAUUCUUGGGAAGAUUUGGGACUUAGCUGAUCCAGAGGGGAAAGGUUACUUGGACAAGCAGGGGUUUUACGUUGCUUUACGGCUGGUGGCCUGUGCGCAGAGUGGUCAUGAAGUUAGCCUGGCCAGUUUAAAUGCUCCUGUGCCACCUCCGAAAUUUAAUGAUACCAGCAGUCCCCUUUUGAUCACUCCUUCUCCUGUAGAAGCUCACUGGUCAGUUCGGAUAGAAGAGAAAUCCAAGUUUGAUGGGAUAUUUGAUAGCUUAUUGCCAGUUAAUGGCUUACUGUCUGGAGACAAGGUGAAACCAGUACUUAUUAACUCCAAACUACCUCUGGAUAUCUUAGGAAGAGUGUGGGAGCUCAGUGACAUAGACAAGGAUGGACAUUUGGACAGGGAUGAGUUUGCGGUGGCAAUGCAUCUUGUAUACAGAGCUCUGGAGAAAGAACCUGUCCCAUCUAUUUUACCACAAUCAUUGAUUCCCCCAUCUAAGAGGAAGAAAACACCUACGUUUCCUGGAGCAGUUCCUGUUCUCCCUGCUAGCCCCCCUCCAAAGGACAGUCUUCGUUCCACUCCAUCUCAUGGUAGCAUGAGCAGUUUAAACAGUGCAGGCAGCUUGUCCCCCAAACACUCCUCUAAGCCCAGCCAGCCCGCUGUAAAUUGGGUUGUUCCUCUGACAGACAAGAUACGCUAUGAUGACAUCUUCCUUCAGACAGAUUUAGAUAUGGAUGGAUAUGUGAGUGGACUGGAAGUAAAGGACAUCUUUAUGCAAUCUGGACUCCCUCAGAAUAUCUUGGCGCACAUAUGGGCUCUUGCUGACACCAGGCAAAUGGGAAAGUUGAACAAGGACCAGUUUGCUCUUGCAAUGUACUUCAUACAGCAGAAAGUCAGCAAAGGCAUUGAUCCUCCCCAGGUUUUGUCUCCUGAUAUGAUCCCUCCAGCAGAGAGGAACACCCCCAUACAGUGUCCAGUGAGAGCAGAUUCUAUCUUCCGUGUAACAACCUUGUCUGGUUACAUGGCCCCCAUAGGAAAUGACAUGGCGAGCCUAACAGACAUACGGCGUGACAGCUCAAGCUCUGUUGGAUCUGGAGAAUUCACUGGAGUAAAAGAGCUGGAUGAAAUCAGCCAGGAGAUAGCCCAGUUACAGAGAGAAAAGUAUGCUUUAGAACAGGACAUCAGAGAAAAAGAAGAGGCCAUAAGACAGAAGAGCACAGAAGUACAGGAGCUGCAGAAUGAUCUAGACCGUGAAGCUUCAACAUUACAGGAACUAGAAGCACAAAAGCAGGAUGCACAGGACCGGCUUGAUGAAAUGGACCAACAAAAAGCUAAAUUAAAAGACAUGCUAAAUGAUGUAAGGCAAAAGUGCCAGGAAGAAGGGCAAAUGAUUUCUUCCCUAAAGGUACAGAUUCAGUCACAGGAGUCAGAUGUACAGGCGCAGGAGGAAGAACUUAAUAGGGCAAAAUCAGAGCUAAACCGAUUGCAACAAGAGGAAACUCAGCUGGAACAAAGCAUUCAGGCAGGAAAGGUUCAACUGGAGACCAUUAUAAAGUCUUUGAAAUCCACACAGGAAGAAAUCAAUCAGGCUCGCAGCAAAUUAUCACAGCUUCAAGAGAGUCAGCAGGAAAUGAACAAAAGUAUUGAACACUACAACAAUGCUCUCAACGGAGACCAUGGGGGUAGCAUGAAUAAUCUAUCAGACGUUGAGGCCUUUUCCUCACGAGAGAGGCUGGACCGUUCCACAGCAGUGGAUGAUCCAUUCAAGAACAAACCCCCAUUGUUUAACAGCAACAACAACCAGGACCUUUACUCAGACCCAUUCCAGACAGAAGAUCCUUUUAUUUCUGAUCCAUUUAAAGGAGCUGAUCCCUUCAAGAGCAAUCCUUUUGGUGAUGAUCCAUUUAAAGAAAGUGACCCCUUUCAUGCCCCAACUACAGAUGAUCCAUUUCAUAAACCCAGCAAAGGUGACCCUUUUUCUACCGAUCCCUUCAGUAAGAAUAAUGUCCAUUCGAUGACAUUGCCCCUAAAGUCGGAUCCUUUUGAUAGCAGAGAUCCUUUCUCCUCUUCAACACUUCCAAAGAAAGAACCAGACCCAUUUGGAACUCUGGACCCUUUUGGAAGCAGUGCAUUCAGCAGUAAUGAAAGUUUUGCAGAUUUUAGUCACAUGUCCAAGCACCAAACCCCCGAUCCUUUUGCUACCACAUUUCCAAGUUCUGGAUUCUCUGAAGACCCUUUUAAAAGCAAACAUGAGAUGCCAGCACUGCCCCCCAAAAGAAGCGUCCCACCACGGCCAAAGCCUCCAAGUGGUAAAAGCACUCCAGUAAGUCAGCUGAGUUCAGCACAUUUUCAGAAGCCCAGCGACCCCUUCCAGCCAUUUGGGACAGAACCAGGAGACCCCUUCCAGAACAGAAAGGCUUUUACAGACCCCUUCAGUGGGAAAGAUCCAUUUGCCUCAUCACAACCAGGAAAACACUCUAAGGGAACAUCUGCCGGGUUUGCAAACUUUGGCUCUUUUGGGAACGAAGAGCAGCAGCUAGCAUGGGCCAAACGAGAGAGCCAACGAGCAGAAAAGGAAAGACUAGACCGUUUAAAACGUCAGGAACAAGAAGACUUGGAGCUAGCUAUUGCCCUCAGCAAAGCUGAAAUGCCCAGCUCUUGAGAACUGCACUCAUACAUCCUGUCUCCGUGUGACAGUUUGCCAACUGUAUGACAGCUUUACUCUGGCACAAAAACAAUGAGGGAGGUUGAAAGCUGAAUACGCCACCACCUUUGAUGUCUUUUAUCCCCUAACUACUAGCCAUUAAUCCUGGAAGUUGUGGCAUCACCCAUGUACCAUCCAGUUAUGACGUUUGAUGAAACUGUUCAUCUGAAAAUAUCUUCUCUACAGAGACACCCUUAAAUCAUCUCAUCGUACAUUUGUUUUAUUCAUUUUAUUUUUUUUAGGGGGGUCGGGUUUGGGUUUUUUUUUGACAGGGCAUUUUUUUUUUUUUUUGUUACAAAUAUUUGAGUGGGGAGGGGGAUUUCCUAAAUUUCCCAUUGCCAACGGUUUCUCUACAUUCUUUCUGAAAUAUGAACGAGAUGCAGAUACCCAUGAAAACACUGCAUGUAUAUGAUAUCAGAAAAUUAUAUAUUUUUUAUUUUUCUUUUGUUAGACAUUAAUUUUAAUUUGCUUUAGGUGAGAAGAAUGCUUAUAUAAAAAGGAUCCAUUGGCGUGCAAAGGCAGCUGCUCACCAUUAGCAUAACUGCGCCAUUCCCAGAAUUAAAGUUGCUCUAAUGGGAGAACAUAAAGUUAAAAGGGGGAAAAAAGGAUGGCUAGUUAUCUUCUGUAUAUACCAGUCUGUCCUAGAAACAUAGAAUUUUGAUGGCAGAUAAGAACCACUUGGCCCAUCUAGUCUGCCAUAAACACAUGUACACGCACACAUUAGGGUAAAAUUUUGUCAGGAGCCAAUUAACCUACCAGUAUAUUUUCGGAGUGUGGAAGGAAACCCACGCAAGCACAUGGAAAACAUACAAACUCCACACAGUUAUGACCAUGGUGGGAAGCAAACCCAUGACCUUAGUGCUGUCCUGACUCCCUUGUAGCUGGGUGUAAAAAAAAAAAAAAUCUAUGUGAGUUUGGGUGACUUGUGUGGCUGUGUAUCUAAGCUGAUCUUAUACAAUAUUUACUCCCUCUUUUUCCCUACACAUAAUGUAAUUAUGUCUCCUACGUAUUCCUGUUGCACGAUACCUAGAAUAUCAUUGCAUAGAAAACAGAAGUUUAGGGCUUAAGUGCUGCUAAUGACAUAUAACAGCCACAUGGAAGUACAAGGUGUCAAAUUGACACUACAGUAAACAUAUUUAUUAUCUUUUUAUCUUUGAUAGAGCCCUGAUAUUGGGUUCUUCUGUAUGGGACCAAAAUAAAUAUGGUGUGUUAUGAUUCUGCUUGUAUGAAAGUUGAGUUCACUUGAGUUUUAAGCCAACUUUGUCAUUACAAAAUAAGUGCUGCCUCCUUACAUAAAAUUCUUCUAUUGGAAAUGUAUAGGUUCUAUAUGUGGAAAGAUCAGUAGUCUGCAAACUGCUGUUAAAUGCUCCUAAAGUGAAUCCAGUUAUCCACUUGCUGUACUCCAUGGUCAUGGCCAGCUAUCAGGCAUAUUGUUUAAUUAAUCAAUUAGGUCAUUUAGAUAGGGUUUUUUUUUAACCUAUCUCUGGUAAUUUGUCAUCUAGAGCAGCUAACAUACUUGUGGUCAAUACCAUAUACAGUUGUGCUCAUAAGUUUACAUACCCUUGCAGAAUU